GAGUGUGACAGCAGAGAGGAAAGGGACACGCACAGACUGGAGGGAAAGAGAGAGAGAAAGGAGGAGUAGACAGAAGUGCAAGUCUUUAGCGGAGUUUGACCGCACGUUUCUUUGGGAACUAUAAGGAUAAUACCGCAAAAAAGUGGACAUAUUGUUUUUAGUGGACCGAGAAGUUGAAGACGUGGUUGACUUAUCGGAGCAUGCGGUUCGCUAUACUUUUCAGGUUGUAUGUGCUGUGGGGCUGUGUGGUGGCCGCGACCUCCGUGACCAAGGCUGCCAAGAGGAAGGUGGCCGCUCGGAGGUCCAGGCAGGUGUAUGAGGCGGAGCCGGUGGAGGGGGUGUGGUCUUUUUGGGGGGAGUGGUCUCAGUGCUCGCAGACCUGUGGAGUGGGCGUGUCCCUGAGGACCAGAAAGUGUUUAGCCCCUCCCCCUCCACAAGCCCCACCCAUCUCCCACUCUCCACCAAACUGGGCAGGAUAUGUACCUGGAGGCGUCAGGAAUCCUGUCAACUCACCUCUGCGCCCUUUUUACACUCCCCGUCACCCCGGGCAGCACGUGCCCUAUCACGCCUCUGCUUACCCCAGCCACAGCCAGGGACUUCCUCUUUACAGGAACACUCCAGCGAGUGGGGGAGGGGCAACCGUCCCAGCACAGCCCAAUCCAUCCUCCAAUUUUUAUCAGCCCGAUUUCUCACCCACAAGCCAGGAUCACAUUCCAGUUUAUCAAUCACCCUAUCACUCUUCUUCUCAAAAUUAUAACAACCAGCCCGCGCGGGUCAUGAGGAGACCCACCAACCCAGCAGCUGCGAGGUCAGGAGGAGGCGGGAACAGACGUUCUGUUUCCAGCAAUCGAGAGAGUGGGGCUGCUGUGACUGCAAGAAGGUCUUCACCAAUCCGCCCAGGGCAAUUCGGAUAUGGGAGAGUCCCCUUCUCUUUGCCACUUCAUCGUCAAAACAGACAAGCUAGACAUACUGCAAACGGUACUGAUAUCACGCCUUCUCUAACACCGGAUCUGGACAUCAAUGAAAAGUAUAACAAAAACGAGGAAGAGGAGACACUUUUUGGAGAUGAUGAAGAGAGCACAGCGGCUCCUACUCCAGAAGAAUUCACCACUACAACUACUACAACCCGAAAACCAUACCGCCACGUUGUCCGACAGGCGUAUUCCGACACAAGGUCAAGAGAAAGAGCAUCUCCUUACCAGUUUUCCCGUAGGCAAUUUGACUGGAAUAGCGUCACGGCCCCGCCCCCACCUGUACCGCCACAGUCCCACCCGAACUCACCUGGGUCGCCCUAUGCCCCUCCCCUUCAUCGCCCAAACCAUCUCAACUGGGAUAGUCAGCAUCAACCGCCCACUGGGAAUGUCUAUCCGCUCCAGAAUCCAAGCGUUCCGUAUGGAGGAGCGGAGGCGGGGCAAGACAGAGGCAGAAUCGUCUACAGAUGCUCCGGGUCCGACAAGGAAUACAGGAGGUGCUUUUCACAGGUGUGUGCUGCGACCGGAGGGGGAGGGGCGCUGGACUCGAGAGCGGAGCAGUGCGCGGCCUUCAAUAAUCAGGAAUUCAUGGGUCGACUCUACAACUGGGAGCCCUUCACGGAGGUUGGUCCUGAUAAACAGUGUGAGCUGACCUGCAGACCGUCUGGGUACCGCUUCUACGUGCGCCAGGCCGAGAGAGUCCGAGAUGGCACAUCCUGCUUCAACUCCAGUGCCAACGACGUGUGCGUGGAGGGCCAGUGUUUGUCGGAGGGCUGUGAUGGAGUCCUGGGCUCUGGAUCUGUGAUUGACAAAUGCGGUGUUUGCGGAGGACGGGACUCGUCUUGUCGGAAAGUGACCGGCAGCUUCCAGAAUGCCUCCGUUCCCCUCGGCUACCACAAAAUCCUGGACAUUCCAUCAGGAGCAACUUUUAUCAACAUCACAGAGCGACGUGCAAGUCCCAACUACCUGGCCAUGCGCAGUGGUACAGGUGCGUCGGUGGUGAAUGGGAAGUGGGCUGUGGACCCUCCAGGAGAGUACAAAGCGGGGGGGACCACGUUCACCUACUCCCGACCCAAAGCUCACGCCGAGGGGGAAGAGGAGCGAGGAGAGACCCUGACAGCACCCGGACCCACCACCACACAACUGCAGCUUUAUAUCAUUUUCCACCAGAAGAAUCCGGGCAUAGACUAUGAGUUUUACGUCCCUGUGGAGAAGAAGGAGGGAGAGCGCAUGGUGGAGAGGGUGAGAGAACCGCCCAGAGGGAGGCCGAGGGAGCAGGAGCCAGCAGCACGGGCCCCUCUACGAAGCCCUCUCACUGUGUCAGUUGAGGACCCAGCGCCCGCAGCUCCUCCUGUCUCCAGCCCUUUGCACACGGCCCCGUCCUCAGACAGAUGGAGCCCCGAGAGGUCCCCCCAAAACCGAGGAUCUGCCCCCAACCGCAACGUUCGCAUCCCCCCUCGCACUGACCUGCCCCUGGACACACAGUCACCGUUUGUGUGGCGGAGAGGAGCGCUCACGGAGUGCACCGCUUCCUGUGGCAAAGGUACUCAAUACAGAGAGAUCCUUUGCAUAAACCGCCACACAGACCAGGAAGUGCCCGACAGGAAGUGUGACUCAGCCACUAAACCUUCGCCAGAGGAGGAGCCGUGCAACACACAUCCAUGCCCCCCGUUCUGGGAGACGAGUUCGUGGUCAGAGUGCAGUGUCUCGUGUGGUCCCGGGUUGCAGCAGAGACAGCUCCAGUGCAGGCAGAGCUUCGGGGACCGUCACACUAUGGUCCACCCCCAGCGCUGCGCCGGACUCACUCCCCCAGAGUCCACCCAGCCCUGCCAGCUCCGCAUGUGCUCGCACUGGGAGGUCAGCUCAGACUGGAGCUCGUGCUCGGUGGACUGUGGCGUGGGGAAGAGGACGAGGAGUGUUCGAUGUGUCAGUGAGGAGGGCAGCGUGGUCAAUGAUAAAGAAUGUAACUCCAGACACAAACCUCAGGGGAGCGAGGAGUGCAACAUGGGCCCCUGUGUCACCAACUGGUACUUCAGCAGCUGGUCCCAAAGUUGUUCAGCUCAGUGUGGUCCCGGGGUGCAGAGGAGGGAGGUGGUGUGUCUGACUCACGGUGAUGUUAAAGAAGGAGGCGGAGAAGAAAACUGUGUUGCAGAGAAACCGGCCGAGAUGAAAGCCUGCAACGGAGGACCCUGUGCCGCUGUCACCAUGUGGUACACCAGCCCAUGGACUCAGUGCAAUGUGAGAUGUGGGAGUGGCACGCAGCGUCGGGACAUCAUCUGUGUGCAGAGGACCGGAGCAGACUUCAGUGUGGUGCAGGCGGCCGAGUGCUCUCACCUGGAGAAGCCUGCGCCGGUACAGGAGUGUGACAUGGGGGAGUGUCUGCCCCAGUGGUUCACUACAGAGUGGAGCGCGUGCUCUCGCUCGUGUGGUAAAGGCGUACAGAUGAGAGAGGUGCGGUGUCUCACGGCUGAGAAAAAGCACAGCCUGGAGUGUGAUCCUGCCUCUAAACCUGAACAAGAGCAGUUCUGUAACACCAUCCCCUGCAGUCCUCAGGUCGCAGAUGAGAACUGUAAGGACAGACGUCAUAACUGCGUGAUGGUGGUGCAGGCCAGGCUGUGCGUGUACUCUUACUACAAAACGGCCUGCUGCGCCUCAUGUACCCAGAGUGCUCAGCGUGCGAAGAGACACUGACCGACCAAUCACAGAGAGCCUUGGAGUGCAACAAGUGAAGGACCACAUCACCCAGAUAUACAGAAAUAAAGUUUGUAGAGACCAUAUAACUCCACUGGGUUUAGGAUUAGGUAUGAAACAAGUGGUGGCUUUAAGAUAUUAAAAUUAAGUAUUGUUAGACGAAUACCAAAACAAGUAUCGAAACUAGAUACUAAAAAAAAUGACCUAACUAGGAUAAAAUUCUAAACAGUUUUUGGGUGGUCUUGAUCAAUGUCAGAACUUAUUAAGACCACAUGGAAAUAUUAAAAGAAACUUCUAUUAAUUUGAAUGAAAAAUUACAUUCUAUUAUCUUAAAAACACAUUUUUUUAAAAAUCAGUCCAGUAUUGAAAUUGGUACUAAGUAUCAACUUUUUCAUUAACGCAGAGUUUUAAAUUAUAGUAUGGCAACAACUAAUUAGAAUCAUUUUCUCAGAUGGGCGGACAAGAGCAAAUUUCCCUAUUAAAGUGAAAACCACAAGCCUUGAAACAUCAUUUGUAAAAGUGACUAGGCCUAUGAACUUGGUAUUUUACAGCACAUCAGCAGAUUAAUAAUUAUUUAAUGCGCCUUCCUCACUUCCAUUAGAUUUUAUAGUCAAGCCAAGGAUGUUCAUUUUGUCUACUUAUGCACUUUAACUUCUUGUUUUUUUUUAAGACAGUACAGUAAGGUGUGUUUACUUUGUUGACAUGUUUCGGCUGCAGCUGCCAUUUUCAGAACUGUCACUGGUGUUGGUGGUGACGUGUCGUAUGUCAGCGGUUGUUACUUCCUGUAGGCGUGGUCAGCCUAAUGGACCUGAUCAAAGAGACUCACCAGAACACAAAAUGACAAAGCAGAACAGGGGAACCUAAAGUCUGCCAUAUUGGAUUACUGUAAAAGAAAUAACCGGACGGGGCUCGGGUCAUUGGAUCUGAAAACAAAAAGUUCAAAUGCUGGAUCAGAGAGGACAGUGAAAUCAGGAAACGGGACAUGGAUAGCAUUAACCGUGAUGACAGAGCGUUCUUCAUUUCACAUACUUGGGACACCCUCCUCCAGAGAACACCGGGUGACUGGAGGCGUGGUCAGUCUGAGCGACCCUGACCACGCCUACAGGAAUCAACAACAACUGAUACAUGACACGUCACCACCAACACCGGUGACAGGAGAUUCCCAGGGUAAAACUAUUAGCUAAAGAUAUAAUUUCUGCUAAAUUUAUAAAUGGACAAUACUACAGUUUUACUCAGACUCCUACAAACUCUUAGGAUGCACUCACACUAGGACUUUAGAACCAAUCUACGUUCCUACGGUCAUGAGCUUUGGGUAAUGAUCAAAAGGACAAGAUCGUGGAGACAAGCGGCUGAAAUGGGUGGCUGGGCGCUCCCUUAGAGAUAGGGUGAGGAGCUCAGUCACACGGGAGGAGCUCGGAGUAGAGUCACUGCUCCUUCACAUCAAGAGGAGCCAGUUGAGGUGGCUCGGGCAUCUGGGAGGUAUUUUGGGCACAUCCCACCAGAAGGAUGCCCCGGGGAAGACCCAGGACCUGCUGAAGGGACAAUGUCUCUGGGCUGGCCUGGGAACGCCCUGGGAUCCUCCUGGAGGAGCUGGAGGACGUGUGCAUGGAAAGGGAAGUCUGGGAGUCCCUGCUUGGACUGCUGCCUCUGCGACCCGGCCCUGGAUAAAGCAGAAGAAACUGGAUGGAUGGAGCAAAACCGGGCUAGGCACGGCACAGUUGGAACUUUGGUCUGGUUGGAGGAGGCGUACCAGAGCACAGCACGGUUGCUCAUGUACAUAGACAUGCACAACUUUACUCUACCAUCCCUGUCAGGUGUGCUGAGGAAAGCAGUGAAUAAAAUCUGCUCCAAAACACAUGGCAAACCUGUGCUUACCUUCAAUAAGGACUGUGACAAACAGAAGUUCAGCUGCCUCUCAUCUAUCGCUGUCCUCACUGCUCCGUGCUGUUUUUAAUAUCUAUAAACUCACGCGCAUCAUAAGAGGACGCACAUCUGCCUCACUUUUUGAGAGAUAUUUCCUGAAGAUGACUUACAGCAGCAGCCGAAACAUGUCAACAAAGUAAAUACAUUCCACUGUAUUGUCUUUUAAAAGAACCUAAGAAGUUAAAGAUAUUAGACUCCAUUAAUUAUCUGAUGUCAUUUGAAACUUAAGCAAUAAGCAUGGUAUUUUGUUAUCUCAAUAUCAAACACCUCACAACAGGAUUCUGACCUGUUCCAAUAUCUCAGUGCACCAUCUCCAGUGCAUUUUUAUUUCAUCAUUACCCUCCUCGCAAUAUCAGAGUCAAUAUUGUAUCAGAAAAUUGUUCCCAUGGCAGAAUUGUGUUUCAUCCCUCUCAGUUUAACAUGAUCCAGUCCUACACUUUAUGCAUUUGUGUUUUGGUUUAGUUUGCCAAUGCAAGUCCUUCACUUUUUUCCGUUCAGUUCAAUUUGCAGAAUAAACGAACCAAAGGAGUCUAGAAAUGACAGAAAGCGACCAAAUAAAGUACGUAACUAUGGCAACACACGCAAUAAAACUAGUAGAUUGUAGGAGACAUUAAGAGUUUUAAUUCAUCACGAAAAUGAAUGUUUAUGGUCAGGGUCUCCAUAUUUUACUUAUUUAAAAAAACAGAAGACAAAUUAUAUAUAAAAAAAAAUUGCAAACCAUGAAUGAUUAAAAAAUUCACAUGUAUUGCUUUUUGAUUUUUGAAGCUAUUUUAGUUUAAUUGUGGCUUCUCGACUGAAACAAGCAAUAUGUUCUGAACCUUAAACACUUGUUGUACUAUAUCUUUUAGUCUGGUGAUAUUUUCUCUGUAAAAAUGUUCAGUUUUUUUUUUUUUUUUUUGCUCUUUUUUUUCAAUGCAAAGUGCUCACUCUCCACAGUAGCUACUGGAGGGCGAAGAAUCUGUAUAAAGUUGGAUAUGUUUUAAUGUCUAUAAUUUCUUGAAUAUAGUUGGCGCUUAUAUCACGGUCAAAAAUAAUACUUACAUGAGUUACACAAUGUCUUGGUUUAAGUAGUUUGAACUCGUUUGGAUUCAUUUGGGUUUUUAAAGAUCCCAUAUUAGAACAUUUUCUGAGCUACAAUUUAUUAUAAUGCUGUUUCCUCAUCAUAAACAGACCUGGAGAUGUGUUUUGUUUCAUUCACACAUGUUUAACACAAAAACUCGGCGAAGUUCUUCUCUCAAACUGAAAAAACUCUUUAAUACAUGAAGUGCUCCAUUGUGUUUUUAAACUUCGUACACCUUCAUUAGAAUCAUUUGGAUAAUUUCAGACCAAUCUUUAAAGGUAAAAGGAGUUGUUUUGAGUUUUGCUCACGUAGACAGACUAAUUCAGGAUUACUCAAACACGUGUGCAUGAAAAUAAACAUCACUGCUCUGUUUUGGAUGAGAUAACAACAUUAUAACAUGGCUUAAACCUCACAGGAGUUAAUUUUGUGUAGUAUAGGACCUUUAAAUAUUUCAAGGAUUAAUUAGUAGAAAAUAAACCUGUCAGUGAGAUAAGAAAUCACCACUUAAAUGAGUCACUAGUCCCACUCUAUCUCUCGAAACAUGAACAAAAUAUAUCAAAACUAGCCAGGAAUACACUGAAACUGCCAAAUUCGUCCUCUAAACUAAAUAAAUCUUAACUAGUCAAAAUGCCUUAAAUCAAGAUUUUCAUUUCAAGUGGUUUUAACUCUUGUAAAUAUUCUUUUUUUGCACUGUAACAGUUUAGAGUUACGAGAUCUGUCGUUAUAGACUGCAUUUAUUCACAUCUAACCCAUUAUUCUUCAUGUAACAGCAGACAGACGCAGCGGUGGUUUUUGUGUGUGUGGACGGGAGCAUCUGUGGAGUGUGUGACUGUGAGAUGAAGAUGAACAGGGCUGGACUGUGGCUUUUUUUUGGGCUCACGGAUCACUGUGGCUCGUCUUAAAGGGCCAAUGAUGGUUUUAAGUGGCCACUAUUAUGAGACGUAAUGUUAUGGUGUAGUAAUUUGUAGUAAAAGUGCUUCAGAGGUGCACUGUGUGUCUUUUCUGCUUGUCUCCAUGAAGUUGCUUUGCAGGGAAUGUUCCACAGUUCUGCUUUAAAUUCAUUGUUGGGAGUAAUGAGUUAUAAAAGUAAUGAAUUACUGUAAUAUAUUGCUUUUUGCUGUAACGCAGUAACAUAAGGCAUUACAGGGGGAAAAAAACUAAUAUUUUACACGGUACAAAUGUCAGUGACUCACGUUUUAAUGCUUUUUUUUAACCUG